AUAUUCAAAUAUUUUAGGUCCAGUGACCCUUCUCCAGAACAUAUAAGUCAAUAUUUGGUCAGGCAAUGGAAAGGCAUUAAGCCAUCGGCAUCAAUGCAGCUCAACAUGCUGGACAAUGUGACACAAAACAACUCCAACUGCACUAUCGAUUCCAGCGUGGAAGAUAUCAUCAUCCCCAUCAUGUACCUGGCCUCUUUGAUUGUUGGCCUGCCUGGGAACUGUCUAUCAAUCUAUGUGGCAUGUUUGCAAGUGAAUCGUGAGAACGAGAUUGGUGUCUACUUGCUGAAUCUAAGCUUUGCCGAUGUCUUAUACACACUCACCAUCCCUUAUUGGUUCAUUGAAUACUUUGACAUCCAAGCAAAUGUGGAGUUGUACAACCUGAUUAACGUUGUGACCUACACUACCAUGUACUUAAGCCCUGCUUUCCUCUGCUGUAUCUCCAUGGACCGCUACCUCGCUACAGUCUAUCCACUGAGGUAUUUUAGUCUCCGUACAGUCAAGGCAGCCAUCAUAGUCAGUGUGGUCUGUUGGGUCCUCCAGCUGAUGUGCCAUGCAUUGCUGCUCUACCAGCAGAAUUUCUUUUCCAUGUUCCACUUCUCUGCAGUCUAUGAAGAUACAUAUCCAAUGAAAUCAAGCUUGGUUGUUGAAUAUCUCACGCGCUUUGCCGUUGGGUUUUGCUUGCCACUGACCUUGCUCCUGUUUUGCUCUCAGCGCAUGUUGAAUGCAAUCAACGACAGUACAGCCACGGUGGACACAGAGAAAAGGAAGAUUGUGAGCCUCUUGCUGCGGCUGCUUCUCGUCUACAUCAUCAGCUUCGGGCCUUAUCAUGUCAUCAUGCUCAUCCGCAGUCUCAUCGAGCCAGGAAACUGCUAUUUUGCCCAGAAAAUAAACAUCUUUUACAAAGUGUCCUUUGCACUUACUGGUCUCAAUAGUGCUGCUGACCCCAUCAUCUACUGCUUGCUUUGUGACAGUGCCAGGCAGGAUAUUAGGAACCUGUUCACAGCCAUGAAGAUGAUAGAGUUAAAGAGUCAUACAGCACAGAAACUGUCCAUGCCAAACAUAUUCCCAAAACUAAGCUAGAGCCACCUGUCUGCUCCUGGCCUAGGUCCCUCCAAACCUUUCCUAUUCAUGUACU